AGAAAUAAAAAAAUGUUCUUUUCUUUUCCUUUUUUCUUUUCUCUUUUCAUUUUUACUUCUUCAAUGUCGAUUUCCAAAGAGAAUGUCUGUUGUUCUUUCUAAACAUCAAAAUACUCUUCUUCAAAGUUCCAAGCUCCAAGCUCCUUCUUCAAUGGCCUCAGCACUAUCUUUCCCAGGUUCCUAAACUCAUUUCUUCCUUUUAAGUUGUUCUACUGUAAUUUUCUGGAUAUUAAAUUAAAUUAUUAUUCUUAUUUUGUUUCUGACUUCAUUAAUGGAAGACAGAGGAAAUUUAGUACUUAAAAACCCAGUUUUAAUUUCAGUAAAUCUACUAUUACUUAUGAUCCUGUUAUCAUCAUCAUCACUCUGUUUUGUUCUUACUGAAGAAACUGAAGAUUUUAAUGAAAAAGACAGAGAUCCACUUUUGAGUUUCAAAUCUUCAUUAACUGAUUCAAAACAGAGUUUAUCAAACUGGGUUUCAGGGUUCAAUAACUGGACUGGAAUAAUAUGUAACAACCAAACUGGUAGAGUUAUUUCUAUUAAGUUAACUAACUUGAAUUUAUCAGGACAGAUAAACCCUAGUUUGUGUAACCUUUUAAUGCUUGAAACCCUAGUUCUUUCUCAGAAUAAUUUCUCUGGGUUUAUCCCAAUUUGUUUCAGAAACUUGAAAUUCUUGAAAAUUUUAGAUCUUGGUUACAAUGGGUUUCAAGGAAAUGUUCCUUUAGUUGAGUUAGUGAGUCUUCCAUACUUGAAAGAGCUCAUUUUGAAAGGGAAUUUGGGUCUAGGUGGUUUGAUUCCUGAUAAUUUUAGUGUUAGUAGUCUUGAGAAGAUUGAUUUGUCGGCUAAUUCGUUUCGAGGAGUGAUUCCUGAGAGUUUAUUUUACUUGAAAUCAUUGAAGUAUCUUGAUCUUUCGGGUAAUGAAUUGUCUGGGAUGCUGAAUGAGUUUUAUCAACCUUUGGUGGUUCUUAAUUUAGCUUCGAAUAGUUUGUCUGGAACUCUACCUUGCUUUUCGGCUUCUGUGGAAUCUCUUAAUGUUCUUGAUCUUUCGAAUAAUUCUAUUAUGGGAGGAAUACCUACUUGCAUUUCUUCACUGAGUGUGUUAGUUCAGCUUAAUCUGUCUUUCAAUGAGUUGAAAUAUCGAGUUUCUCCGAGGUUUAUUUUCUCUGAUCAGCUACUAGUUUUGGAUUUGAGUUACAAUGAGAUAUCAGGUCCUAUACCAAGUGUAAUUUCUGAAACAUCAGAUAAGUCGGGGCUUGUUCUGCUUGAUCUUUCGCACAAUCAGUUCUCAGGGGAAAUUCCUUUGGGGAUUACAGAGUUGAAGAACUUGCAAGGGCUGAUUCUUUCUCAUAACCGUCUUAGUGGAGAAAUUCCUGCAAGAAUUGGAAACUUAACUUAUCUUCAAGCAAUUGAUCUUUCGAACAAUUGGUUGUCUGGUUCUAUUCCAUUGAACAUUGUUGGGUGUUUUCAGUUAUUGCAGUUGAAGCUUAAUAAUAACAAUCUCUCCGGGGUAAUUCAACCUGAGCUGGAUGCAUUAGACAGCUUGAAGAUUUUUGAUAUCAGUGACAACAGAUUCUCUGGUGAAAUUCCUCUUACUUUAGCUGGUUGUAAGUCGCUUGAAAUCGUUGAUCUUAGCUCGAAUAAUCUAGGAGGAGAGAUUAAUGAAGCAAUCGUCAAAUGGGUUAACCUCAAGUCUCUGUCAUUGUCUGGUAACAACUUCCACGGAGCUUUACCAAACUGGUUGUUUUCAUUUGAGCAAAUACAUUCAAUUGAUCUUUCGCGCAACAAUUUCUCCGGACUCAUACCAGAUGGAGAUUUUAAUAUCAGCUCAAGUUUGAAUCACAGGGGACUCAGCAGCAACAACUUAAGACAAUCAUCAGCCACAAGAGAUUCUGCAAUAAGGGUGACCCUUGGUCUGCUAGGAAAGAAUGAAAUGAGUUUUGGUUACACUCUGUUAUCUCCUGUUGGAAUCGAUUUAUCAGUGAACUCUUUAAAGGGGGAGAUUCCAGAAGGGCUCUUUGGAUUACAAGGAGUAGAAGUCUUAAAUCUUUCGUACAAUUUUCUUGCGGGUCAGAUUCCUAUCAGUUUAGUUAAGAUGUGGAGUUUAACGUCAUUGGAUUUGUCACAUAAUUCACUAUCAGGUCAAAUUCCAACCAACAUUUCAGGCCUUCAAGAACUGACAUUCUUAAAUCUUUCUUACAAUUGUUUGUCUGGCUUCGUGCCUGGAGAACACAAAUUUUGGAGGUUUCCUGAAGCUUUUGCAGGGAAUCCAGAUUUAUGCGUGGAAGUGGUUUCUGGGGAAGGUUGUCAUAAAAUGAAGUCGCCAUUGCCUCCAGGGGAAGAUAUAUUUGCAGGGGAUGGAGAUGGAAUGAUUUCAGUUUGGGCCUUCUGGAUAAGUGCUGUAGUUAGUUUCUAUGUUGGUGUUGUUGCACUCUUUUGUUUUCCUCCUGCAAGGCAUUACAUUUUACGGCCGAUGAAGUCGGUUUAUUGACUGAAAUAACCGACUAAUCUCUGGCCGGCGUAGGCUGAGAUAUAAUUAUUGAUGUUGUAAUGUUUUAACUUAUUGUAAUCUGUAGAUGAGAUUUUUCACUGUAAAAUAAAUACUAGAGCUAGAUUGAUAUAAUUACCACAGGCCAUCAUCAUCAAUAGUUCAAUAUUUAAGUUCUUUGUGA